AUGGCUACUGCACGACAAUACCGUAACUUACCGAUUGAGUUCCAACGCUCAAUUCCCCAUCCUGUUGAAGCUUUCGAGAUUGACCCUGAUUUCCCAAACACCUUUCACCCAAGACUUCACGAGGCGAAUCAAGAAAUCGAAAAUACGAGCUGGGAGUGCCGUGAGGAUCUCAAGAAAGCUGACUGGAAAGGAUCGCUUGCCGUCGGCUGCGUCAAUGAGAUAAGCGGAAGCUUUUUAGCGACGAUGUUCCCCGAAGGAAAGCUAGAUCGAGUUAUUCCCAUGACUUAUCUAUGUGAAUAUGGAUUCAUUCAUGAUGAUAUGGUGGAUGAGAAGGAGACCCCUGAGGAGUUCGAAAAAGCUCAUCAAACGAUGCAUUCAUUUAUCGGCAAAGAUCACCACGACAAAAGUAAUAGUAUGAUAAAAAAUAUACAAGCCCGAAUGGCACUCCAGAUUUACCGAGCGGAUCAUGAUGGAGCAUCCCGAUUCCUUGAAGUUUAUCGGCCAUUUCUAGAAAUCAAGUCUCCGCAAAGAGAUCUGAAAUCCUAUAAAACACUCGAUGAAUAUUUAGUAUGGCGAUUUUUCGAUGUUGGGGGGUGGGUCUUAAGGGAGAUGCUUAUAUACACUGCGGACGUGAAUUUGAACGAUGAUGAAAGGUCAUCUUUGAAUCCCGUGAUUCUCCCUCUAUUGAAAGCCAUGGUACUGACAAAUGAUUAUUACUCAUGGGAAAAGGAAUAUGACCUAUAUAAUCGUACAAAUGGUAGUGUGGCAAUGGUUAAUGCCGUAUGGCUAUUGAAACAUCUUCGUGAUGUGGAAGAUUCCAAAGCACGGGAACUUUUGAGGGAUAGAAUACUGGAAUAUGAAAUGCAAUAUUGCAGGCUUAGGGACGAGUAUAUUCGAACGGAGAGUCCUAGCUCAGAUAUGAAACGAUUUCUGGGCCUUAUCGAGCUCGCGGCGGCGGGCAACCGAUUUUGGCAUGCUACUUCUAAACGAUAUAACGCAUGGGUGCCAACCCCAACUUCCAAGACAAAGAUAAAGACAAAGCGCCCCGCAUCUCAAAUCGAAGAUAUCAAAUCUGAUGGACAGCGUGAUAGUAAAAGGUCUAAGAUUGAAUUAGACCAGCACCCAAGCGAGAAUGAUAUAUCGUUUGCUAAAACGCCUGAAAGCUUGGAGGUCAAAACUCCGAACACAAACGGAAACUUUGAUUCCUCUAGUUUCAGUCAAAAUGGUGAAGAUAAGAUUGUUCUGGAACCUUACAAAUAUAUCUCAUCUUUACCAGCAUCAAACUCAAGAAAUGCAUUGCUUGACGCGCUCAACUGUUGGUAUUUUGUUCCACGCGAGUCCUUAGAGAUCAUUCGGCAUGUCAUUGGUACCAUCCAUAACACAUCACUAAUAUUAGAUGAUAUUGAAGACAACUCUCCCACACGACGCGGAUCUCCCUCAGCACAUGAGGUGUUCGGGAUCAGCCAAGCAAUCAAUUCGGCAACAUAUCAACAUGUGAAAUGUGUCGAGUUUGCCAUGGCCUUGAGCAAGGAAUCUAUCAAUUGCUUUACGCAAACUGGAGGGCUUUUUCGCAUGGCAGCAGGUAUGAUUCCUGCAGAAGCGACUAAGAAUCGUGAUGUAGACGCGGAUAUAUUGAUGAGAAAGCUGGGAAAGUACUACCAGCUUCGAGACGAUUAUAAUGAUCUUAUUCCCAGUACAAAGGGAGAUAAUCAGAAUCUGGAUACCGUCUACAAUGAUCUUGAUCAAGGAUCUUUCACCCUCCCAAUCAUUCAUGCUCUUGGGAAAGAAGCUGAGAACGGCGAUGCGAAACUUCUCAACAUCCUAAGAUCGCGAAAAUGGAACGAGAGGAAAAUGUCUUCAGAAAUGAAGAAAUUGGCAAUCACAGAGAUGGAAAACAUGGGAAGCUUUACUUACGCAAAAACAUUACUGAAUGACUUGCAUGCGCAGAUUGAGCAUGAACUCGGAAUACUUGAGACAAAGACUGGGUCAGGGGAGAACUGGAUUCUAAGGCUGAUGUUGUAUCGUCUGAAAGUCACAUAA